AUGGCAGAUUAUCAAGAAGCAGAUAUAGAUUCUAUCGUCGAUAGAUUGUUAGAAGUCAGAGGAUCUAGACCAGGAAAACAAGUCACAUUAUUGGAACAUGAAAUCAGAUAUUUAUGUACGAAAGCAAGAGAAAUUUUCAUUCAACAGCCAAUAUUGUUAGAAUUAGAAGCCCCAAUCAAGAUUUGUGGUGAUAUUCAUGGACAAUAUUAUGAUUUAUUAAGAUUAUUCGAAUAUGGAGGAUUCCCACCCGAAGCUAAUUAUUUAUUUUUAGGUGAUUAUGUUGAUAGAGGUAAACAAUCUUUAGAAACCAUCUGUUUAUUAUUAGCUUAUAAAAUUAAAUAUCCUGAAAACUUCUUUAUAUUAAGAGGUAAUCAUGAAUGUGCUUCAAUUAAUAGAAUCUAUGGAUUUUAUGAUGAAUGUAAAAGACGUUAUAAUAUCAAAUUAUGGAAAACUUUCACUGAUUGUUUCAAUUGUUUACCAAUUGCAGCCAUUAUUGAUGAAAGAAUUUUCACUAUGCAUGGUGGUUUAAGUCCUGACUUAAAUACCAUGGAACAAAUCAGAAGAGUUAUGAGACCAACUGAUAUUCCAGAUGUUGGAUUAUUAUGUGAUUUAUUAUGGUCAGAUCCUGAUAAAGAUAUAACCGGAUGGUCAGAAAAUGAUCGUGGGGUAAGUUUUACCUUUGGACCAGAUGUUGUAUCAAGAUUUUUACAAAAACACGAUAUGGAUUUAAUUUGUAGAGCUCAUCAAGUCGUAGAAGAUGGUUAUGAAUUUUUCUCAAAACGUCAAUUAGUGACUUUAUUCUCAGCUCCUAAUUAUUGUGGAGAAUUCGAUAAUGCUGGUGCCAUGAUGUCAGUUGAUGAAAGUUUAUUAUGUUCUUUCCAAAUCUUAAAACCUGCUGAUAAACAAAAAUAUCCUAAUCAACUAAUGAAUAAUGGUCAAAAGAAGAAAAGAGGUUCAAAAUAG